CUAAUUUUUGCUAUGACCCCCUCGAGCCCCCCUCCUUUGCAACUGUGGGUUAAUGCUUGCGUUCCUCUUUCCUGGUUUGACCGAAGAGCAUUUUGAUUGGUUGUCAAUGACAUCACCCUCAGCCUCAAUACACGGGACCCUCAGCAUUGUUCAGUGAACAGCACACAGAAAGCUGACUUUACACUCGUUCGCCCCCCUCCCCUCCUUUUUCUGGGUUGGUUUUGAUGUCUACGGUUCCUCAUCUUACCGAGUAAACUGAUUGGCUCAUUUCAGUGUCACUCUGACGUGCCACUUAAGCGGGCAGGGCUAACCCACACAACAUCGUUUCAGUUGGAGCGAGGCAGAAAGUGAAAAUGUCGAGGAGCUACAGCGCAGGAGCUGGCUGAACGGUCUGUCAAGUGAAAUUGCGAAGACACAUCUUCGGAUAUCGUCUGAGGAGACACAUAAACGCCAAAGACUUCUUUGCUCCAUACCAGAGACUGAGUACCUGAGUUUUCUGCGGUCAUCGAGCCCUCCUCUGUGGUCUCCCCAUGCCUCCAUCUCCCCUCGACGACAGAAUUGUGGUGGCGCUGCCAAGGCCUAUCCGACCUCAGGAACUUCAUCUCCGCCUGGACACCAGCUACCUGGAAGCCACCGUGGGUGCCGUCGCCAAGACGACGGUGAUCAGCAGCACCACCGUGGUGAAGAUUCAGGCGACAAACCUCACGUAUAUGCCCUCAUCCAGUGGCUCCACGCGCUCCUUGACGUGUGGAUGCAGCAGUGCCAGCUGCUGCACGGUGACUACGUACGAGAAAGACUCCCAAACCCAGACCCAGACGCUGAGCCAGGUUAGCACAAGCAGCCCUAACUUGAACUCUGCAGUCAGCUAUGGUGGGCCCAGUGGUGUCUCCCUGCCUAUGGUGGGGCCAAGUGAAACCUACAGUGCCCCAAGUCUCACUUCUAGCCCCGCCAGAGGAAGUGUACGGAUCAUUUACCCAAACGAGCUGGCUCAAAAGAUGACACAUUGCCCCAUGGGCCAUCUAGUGGGACCUGUGCCGGUGGUCAUCGACUGCAGGCCGUUUAUGGACUACAACAAGAGUCACAUCCGAGGUGCUGUUCACAUCAACUGCUCGGACAAAAUCAGCCGUCGACGCCUCCAGCAGGGAAAGAUCACUGUGCUGGACCUCAUCUCUUGCCGCCAGAGUAAAGACUCCUUCAGGGGGAUUUUUUCCAAAGAGAUAGUUGUUUACGAUGAGAGCACAGUAGACCCGGGCCGGCUGUCGCUUUCCCAGCCCCUGCAUGUAGUUCUGGAGUCUCUGCGUAGGGAGGGAAAGGAUCCGAUUGUUCUGAGAGGAGGCCUCAGCAGUUUCAGACAGGCUCAUGAAGACCUAUGUGAGCACUCCCUUCACCUGCAGGAGGGCCAGGAUGCUGGGGCUGCUGUUGGCCUGUCGGGGGCACUACCUCACUCCUUGCCCUCUACCCCUGACAUUGAGAACGCAGAGCUAACACCCAUCUUGCCCUUUCUGUUCCUGGGCAAUGAACGUGAUGCACAAGACCUCGACCAAAUGCAGAGGAUGAACAUUGGCUACAUCCUAAAUGUCACCACUCACCUCCCACUCUACCAUUAUGACCUAGGCCUCUUCAAUUACAAGCGCUUACCUGCCACCGAUAGCAACAAGCAGAACCUGCGCCAGUACUUUGAAGAAGCCUUUGAAUUUAUAGAGGAGGCUCACCAGGCAGGCAAGGGGCUGCUUAUUCACUGCCAGGCUGGUGUUUCACGGUCUGCCACCAUUGUCAUUGCAUACCUGAUGAAACACACUUGGAUGACCAUGACAGAUGCCUACAAGUUUGUCAAAACGCGACGCCCCAUUAUAUCGCCCAACCUCAACUUCAUGGGCCAGCUUCUGGAGUUUGAGGAGGACCUCAAUAAUGGCAUCACUCCUCGCAUACUCACCCCCAGGCUUAUUGGAGUGGAAACCAUAGUGUAGGAAGCUUGUUUGUGUGCUAGGAGUGUGUUCUCCUUCACAGCAUUUUUAAGCUUAAGAUGGGUUUUGAAGAAUCUUUUUGGUUUACCUAGUGGUCAGGCCUGGAUUCCAAAGCCCUGUGUCUUGCUUCGGUACCAUUAACGAAAUUGGUCUCUUUUUUAUGAAGACUCCCUCAAAAACAUUGGAGAUGGAGGCUGAUGGAGGGUAGGGUGAAAUGCUCGUAUCUGUAGAACAGCUGAUAGUAGGAUGGAAGCUUCAAGAGGCAAGAUGUUUAUACUUGAGCAUGGAUGUUGGUACACAAAGGAAAACGCAUGAACCUUAUUUUGUCCAUAAUCAUUUUUGUUUUUGGCACGUUCUAUCCUCUCUAUAAUUGGAGAGAAACACUGUGCUAUACCUAUACUGUGUCUAUCAGCUGCUGGUGCUGAUCAAGUUCUAAGCAAAACCUGGCCUUUUGCUUGUCAGAAAAGAUUAAGACUUGUUUGGUGUGUUAUGUUCUUAUUCUAUUUUUAUACAGGAGUUGACCAUGAUGAGCCUUGAGUGGCUAUACUGUGCAAUAAUUUCUGAGUGGAAUGCAAUGGGGCUUAAUCUGUAUAUAUAGGUGAUGGCAAAAACUUUUGAAGCUAUGUAUUUAGAACAUUUAAUAUAUUUUUUUGGUUGAUAAUAUCUUUAUCAUUGUUUUCAUUUCAGUUUAGCUUAAAUGUUAUGCCCAUAUAUCAUACCAAAACCAUGUCAUUUAAUUUCUUUGAUAUAAAUUCCUGAAAGCUGUCAAAUCUAUGUAUACUUGUUUUCCAGUCACUUUAUUUCAUCAUCAUCAUUAUUUCUGUUAUACUGGUCCCAGACAUAUAUACAAAAACAAAUUUUUAAAUAAAUAUUUAAGGCAUUUUUAUUAGCAUUUAAGUGUAGUCCUAUUGUACUGUUGAUUGCUAACAACCAUAUAUUGUACAUUUGGAUUAUGUACAGUACUGUGCAAAAAAUGGGCAAAGCGCAAAUAGGCAAAAUAUCAAGCUUUGAAUUUUUUAGCAACAAAUCACUGGUCAACAAAUUAACAAGGAUUAAACAUAUAUAUUAGCUUAGUAUGGAACAGCUUUUCCCUUUGAUUUUUUCAAAAUGUCUUGUGGGUAAACUUGCAGCCAGCUUUUUACAGAAAGAACAGUCAGUAUUGUUUCACACAGCAUUGAUGGCUUCAAACUGCGGAAAAUCUACAGUUUGAACAGGCCAAAAUAAAAACCAAAAAAACCCCAAAAACUAUUAAUAUUUUGGCCUUGGCCCAUUUUAUUUUACGUGGGAGUAUUAACACACCAUAUGCAUCUUGAUUGUCCAUUUAAAAAUUCAUCUGUUUUACUUUUCCAUUUUUGUGUGUAUGUGUGUGAGAGAGUGCUAGAGAGGGAGAAUUAAAGGUAACAGUAUGUUAUUACAUAAUUCUCUUUUUCUGCUCCACUGACUUACUGUGUUAUAACAUGAGCCAACUGAAAUGCUCUGACAUGACCUCAUACUGGGUAAACAGCCUAAAAAAGAAACAAGAUUGUUACAAAGGACACCAAUUUGUGUAAAUGAUUGGUAAAUAGUGGAUGCAAAAUAUCAUUUUUGCCAUUUAUCUCUAAGACUAAGUUAAGCGUUUCCACACACAAUAAAAUAAUGCUGUCACCCAAGAGUGAUAAUAGUGCCUCUAUUGAUGCCUUAACUUAUCAUGCACAUAUUUUGGACUUCUUCAGUAGAUAAUGAGCUAACAAGAAAUUAGCUAAUCCUGUUUUUAGUGGACACAGCACCUUCAGCAUCUCUGCAGUGCUACAGUGUUCAGUGGAUUUAAACUAGAUUGUAGUGUUUAAAAUGGUGUGCUUUUACCUCUAGAAACAAGGUUAUAAGUCAUUUGAAAUUACUUUAGUUGGGAAGUACGGGUGUUCUGUGAAGUAAAAUCUUGGCCUUGUCCAUUAUAUUUAAAUGCAAAGUGCACAAGAGAACACUUUAUUAUUCUUGACAUGUGCAAACUUUUCUCUCUGUGAAAAAGAGUGAUUUUAUGAAUAAUUCAUUUUAUAAUUCAACUAUUCACAGCUAUACUCUCUCUCCCCAGUAACUGUGUAAUUUUCAGAAGAGCUGUUUAUUCAGAGCUAUUUACCUGCUUUCACUGGUAUAUACCUAGCACAAUCCGAUAUUAUAUUAACGUCUAUCCACAUUUUGAACUUUUUAUUCAAAACAAAGUUGUAUUUGAAGACAGUUAAGUCUCUAAUAUUUCAACUGAAAUUGUAACUGUAACAGUGUUUACCAACUCCAGUCCAGUAGUCCACCAGCAGUGCAGUUUUUGUUUUUCCUGCACCCGAGUCACCUCAUUAGAUGAUGUCCUUGUACUCAUUGAGCUGCAUCAUAUUUAGAGAAGAAAAAAUACAAAACUGUGGAGUGUAGGACGCCUUUGAGGACAGCACUAUAAUUUAAGCAAACUGAACUAUAUAAAAUCUUCCCCCCUUUUAGAAUAGAAUAGAACAGAAUAGAGUUUAGCCAGGGAAAUGCUUAAUGUGAGUUUUUAUUAUAAAUAAUCUUCAGAAACUACCCAAUUAUUACAAGAUCAUAUUCUUUAAAUGACAGAUAUUCUAAUGCUAAGAAUAGUAAUUAAACAUAGGUUUAUGGGUGUGACAGUUUCAAUACAUUAUCGACAAAAAUAACAUUUGAAACAUUGUAUCGAAAUUAAAAUAUGUAUUACUGAUGCGCGCUUUGGAUCUCUCAUGUAACUGCUCUUCGUGGAAACCAAUAUCACUGAUCAAAACUAAUAAUCUGGGUGUACUGUGACAUAGUAAAGUGUUUGUGACUUCUCAGGCUUAUUUUGUUUUCAGGGCUAGUUUUGUAACCAAUCUCAGUCAGAUCAGUAUAAUUAGAGCUAAUAACAAUUAAAAUAUUGAAAAUAAAAUCAAAUUUUGAACUCAAAAUGAAAAAUCUUAAAGAACUUGAAAAUAUGUUUUGCUAUGCCCCUGUGUAGGACUGUGCUGUUAUAAAACAAGUGACAUACUAAGCAAGGGAUUGUGUUGAUGUUAUUGGUGUCCGUACAGUAAGCGAUGCUAUUUGGUGGUUUGUUCUACUUUCAGAAAUGAAUAGAAAAGCACUGUAAUUCAUUUUUGUCUUCCCUUAUUUGAUUUCAAAAGAAAUUUUACCUCCCUUAUGAAAUGAACUGUAUUACUAAUAAACUUAAUAGGUAUAUGCAAAGCACAUUUAUUAUGUUCCAAUAUACUGUAUAGCUUCCAAGCGUUACUGUAAAACAUAUUCCUCUAUUGAAGCAAGAUGUAACUUGCAUUCUAUGUCAUUGGUUUGUUGUCAGCUUGUUUAUGUACUCUGUUAAUUUGAUUUGAGAUUUGUAAGAGUUUGUAAGAGUUCAAGACUCAGAACAAAAGAGCAAAAGAUGUGUCAUGUUCAUCACAUUCACACACAUAUAUUUAUUAUAGUAGUGUGCCUGUAGUCAGAUGUACUAGAUAUUUGUCACUUUCUGUCUAUACAUUAGAUUACAUCUGUUGUUAUCAUUUAGGCAUAAUUUUGCACUGUCUAAAAAAAUAUGAUAAUGAAUGAUAAAACAGCUGUGUUUAUUUUUCAUCUACAAAGGUGCUAAUAUAAUGGAGGCCUUCCACACCUUUUUGCAUGAUCUGCUCUGGUACAAUAUUUACCUUUCCCAUUUAUCCAAACCCUUUCCCUAAAUAUCAAGGUUAAAACACUGUAAUUUUCUAAUGUGGGGUUUGGAAAUAAACAAACAAAAAUGUUUUAAUGGAUUUUUGUUUUUAUUAAAGGUAGUAGGAUCUGAUGUCA